GUUGAGGGAUCGUUCUACUCCAUCUUGACACUCACAAGAGACCGACUUGAGCAAACCAGAAGAAUCAUCAUGGCUAUCGACGAACAAAUCCCCCGUGUCCAGCGGGCGCUCAUUCAGUCUUCGACGCCAGGGGUUCUCCAGUUCACGGAGACUCGAGAGGUCCCGAAACUGCUCCCCGACCAGGUGCUCGUUCGGGUGGUCGCGGUUGCCCUGAAUCCCUGCGACUGGAAGAUGCCUACCAACUUCCCCUGUCCGGGUGCUGGGGUAGGGGCCGACUUCUCCGGCACGGUUGUCCGGGUCGGUGACGACGUGCGCCCCGGCAAAUUCGACGUCAAGCUGGGCGACCGGGUAGCAGGCGCUGUGCACGCGAGCAACCGUCUGAAACCGCAGGAUGGCACUUUUGCCGAGUAUAUCGCCGUCCGUGCCGAUGCACUCUGGCGCAUUCCAGAUGGCAUGGAUUUUCAUGUGGCGGCCGCGAUCGGCCUUUGCGUCGUCGGAACGGUCGGACUGGCAGCGUUUCACGAGCGCCAUUUGAACUUGCCCGGUUCUCCUGAGCAGCCCGUCAAACCAAGGGCAGGCGGCCAACCCCCAUGGGUCUUGGUGUACGGAGGAAGCACGGCCAGCGGUACCAUGGCUAUCCAGAUUUUGAAGCUAGCCGGGUUUCGCGUAGUCACCACUUGUUCACCUGCGAACUUUGCUCUUGUAGAGUCCUACGGUGCCGACAAGGCCUUCGACUACCACUCGCCAAAUCUUGGUGAGUCGAUACGCGCUUACACCAACAACAGCCUUAGCUUCGUCAUGGACAUCAUUGCCAGCGCGAACUCGCUGCGUCAGUGCUACGCCAGCAUCGGCCGCGCAGGCGGGCACUAUGUCGGUUUCGAGCUGGUCCCGGACGAGCUGGCAGGUAUUCGCAAGGCCGUGCGGGCGAGCUGGGUACUAGGGAUCAGGCUGUUGGGGUACGAAAUUGCGCUUGAUAGAGGUUACGGGAGCCCCCCAGACCCAGAACUAGGGAUGUGGGGACGGGCCUGGUUCAAGAGAACGGAGGACCUGGUUUGGGGGGGGAAGAUCCGGCCGCAUCCGAUCGAGCUGGACACCGAGAGCGGCUUCGACGGUAUCGUCGCGGGGGUCGAAAGACUCAAGCGAGGUGAGGUCUCGGGCAAAAAGCUGGUGUACCUGAUCCGCUAG